AAACAGGAAUCUGCUGCGGAAUUGUUCCUGGGGUCAGUUUACUGGGUUUGUUGAUUAAUUUAACUGAUAAUAUUGGGGACAUAACUGCAACUAAAGAUUUAUUGAAGCUUCAAGAAGACCAUUGUUUUAAACGGGUUUCUCUCGCUCUUUCCCUGGAAGCUGCAGCAUGUUUGACAGUCUGGAGUCCCGGCUGGCUCGCUCCAGUGGGGAGCUGUGGUCUGAGAUCUGCUCCGGCCUACCUGCCCCCGAGGGGGAGGGGGUGUUCGCUGACUCCUUCCAACCCCAGCAGGGAUCGCUGCCUGGCAGCAACAGCAGUGGGGUACACAACAGCGCCCCCCGCAGCCCCUGGGCACCCAUGGCAGACUCCGAGGUGUAUCUAGCCAGUCUAGAGAACCGGCUGCGCAGGAUCAAGGGCCAGUCACAGGAAGUGACCUCACGAGACAUGCUGCGCACGCUCUCCCAGGCCAAGAAGGAAUGCUGGGAAAGAUUCCUCCAGGAGGCUUCGGAGUCUGAGCUGUUCAUGGACGGGAGCGAGGUGGACCAGAGUGCUGUGGAGCAGCUGAAGCGCUGGCUGCAGCCAGAGAAGGUGGCGAUCAGCGCUGAGGAGCUGCAGGCCCUGCUGCAGCCCAAGAGAGGAGGCUCGGAGGAGGGGGGUUCUAGCGGGGAGAGAGGGGAGGAGGAGGAGGGUGAAGGUGAAGUAGAGAGUCUGGGGGCUGAGAAAUAGACCCAUUCGUACCUGCUGUUCUUGCCCUCUCCAUGCUACUGUACCGUUCAUACUGGCUGUGCUUGUCCUUUCAGCAUUACUGUAACCUGGUCAGGCAAUCUCAUCAUUAAAAACAACCAUCUCCCAA